UCUUAAACUGUCGCAGCUGGUCGGAGUCGGUUAGCAAUGUUUGUGCGUGAACGACAUUAAAUCCGAUUUUUAUUGGUGUUACGUGAACGCAGCAUGGUCGGGACUCUUCAUCCGAGGAGGAGGAAAGAGGAGGUGGUACUGUUGUCAUCCAUCAGGGUAGUGUGUCGGGCUUUUGUCCAGGAGAAAUGGCCGGGAUUAAAGCUCUCAUCAGCCUUUCCUUUGGAGGAGCCAUCGGCCUCAUGUUCCUCAUGCUGGGAUGUGCCCUUCCUGUUUAUGACAAGUACUGGCCUCUGUUCCUCCUCUUCUUCUACAUCCUGUCGCCCAUCCCGUACUGCGUCUCUCGGCGGGUGGUGGACGACACGGACUCGGCCAGCAACGCUUGCAAAGAGCUGGCCAUCUUCCUCACGACGGGCAUCGUCAUCUCGGCCUUCGGCCUGCCCGUCGUCUUCGCCAGAGCCCAAGUUAUCGCCUGGGGGGCGUGUGCGCUCGUGCUAACGGGUAACAUAGUCAUCUUUGGGACCAUCCUGGGCUUCUUCCUGGUCUUCGGCUCCAACGACGACUUCAGCUGGCAGCAGUGGUAAAACGGGGAGUUUAGUCCGAACACUUUUUAUUAGCGUUACGAAUAUUCUUCUGGUAAAUCUGGUUGUUUGUUGUUAUUUAUAUGAUGACCGCCCGUCCGUAGACUUACACCAAACCAGUGCAAUAUUUUUAUUUUUAUUUAUUUUUUGUUUUAAAAUCGCCUGCUUUGUAUUGAACUGACUGGACACGAUGUUGACUUUUAUUUUGAAGGUUUUCUGUCGAAGAGUCGUGAUUUCUGGUCAAAUAUGUGAUAAAAGAAUCCAGAUGAGCGACUCGUUGUGUUUGUUUCACUUUUAGUUUCAUUUUGAACAAGUCUGGAAGAAGAAAAGUGAGUUUGUUGAGUUUCUGUUUUGUUUUUGUCACAUUAAAAAGUAAAAUUAUUAUUUAAUUUUUUUGUUAGGGUGAUUCGACCAACAUGAAGCUGUGAAACACGAAGGUUUGUCAGAGCUUUUGUAAACUGUGGGAAACAGCUGCAGAUCUUUCYGUUUCUCUUCGCUCUGAGAUCCAAUCAAAUCGCUCGUUUCCAAACAGGAAGUUCAUCAUCGAGCCGUUCUGCGUUUGACACGUUUUCUGCGUUUUAAGGUCAGGAAAAGCCCGACCAAAAGCAGGAUUAACUCCAGCCUCCUUAGAACCUCGGCCAAGAUCCAAUAAGACUUCGGCUGCUUAGAGCCGAAAGCUUUCGGACACCAACAGGUGACCUGRUCAGACCUGCAGCACUUCCUGUCACAUUUCAUCAACAUGAAAAGAGUCAAAACGAAACUGAAGACUUUUUAUCCCUAAAUUAAUUCAAUCACUUCGGCUGAUUUUGUAGGUAAACAAACACCCUUCGGCUGCUUUUAUGACUGGUAGUUGUUCACAAAUCUUAAAUAUAAAGGACAAAUUAACCCUUGAUUUGAUGAAUAAACYUCAGAUUUUUGAUUAUUUUUGACUGAUGUCAAAAUAUUCAUCUUAUUUUUUAACAGCUCGAUGCUCAAAAUGUUUUAUUUGARGAGUUUAAUCCAAACAGUUGAUACAGUUAAAUACAAAUUUAAUCUCUUCACAGCUGCAGGUUUUUAUACUCUGAAUAAAAAAAAAACACAAAUCUUCUAUUGACAACGAUCCAGUCUGUCCAGAACCAGAAUACAAGUUAUUAAAAUAUAUAAUAAUUCCYUCAGAGCUGAAAAAUAAGCUGACCUGUAAACUGUAGAACAUCUGACCAGAACCUGGAAGCUGAAGCUCAAACAGAACCAGCUUUAAGCCCCGCCCCCUUCAUGGAAACUAGAGACAUAGCUCUUAUUAAAUUUAAAUUUGUUAUUAAUUUAUUCUUUAAUGGAAGGUAAUGUGACACCAUGAUGUGGGGGAGAGUGGGCGGGGCUUAAAGGUACACGUCGUCCUCGUCUCCUCUUGUUGCUGGACGUCUGAUCACUGGCACUGCUGGGCUUUUGAUGGAAGGGGCGGGGCUUAAAGCUUGUCCCAGAACCAGCUGGUCCUGAUCCGGCUUCAGCUUCUAGGUUUAAAAACAUGGACGGGGUCACGUCAGUGUUUUCACCUGUUUCAGUUUGACGACCUGAUGGAAGCUAACGGUUAAAAACACCUCAGAGUUGUUCAGUUUCUGUUAAAAGCUGCUGCUGAUGUAAACAAAAACAAUGUUUUUAUUUAUUUCUGAGUCUGAGUUUGUCUCAGCAGGUGGACCUCUCCUGGUUUGAAGUUUCAGCUGAAUUUAUAGAAACGCUCUCAGAUGUUCUGUUAAACGGGACUCAGUCUGGCUGUGGGAUGGGUUCCUCUCUUUGUGUUUGUAUAUAUUUUGUGUCAGUUUUGAUUUUGUGUUGAAGGAACAAAGGUUCUGCAUGGUGGGUUCCUGUUUUUGUUUUGUUUGUUUCCUUCCUUUUUUUAAUAAAUGCCAUUUUUGAACAUCC